GGCCCAGCCCACUGCUGCGCUGUGUGCCAAGGCGCUGCGUGCCGCGGAUCAGUCAGCUGCUGCUGUCCUCGGACCGCCAGACUUCUGCUGUUUUCCAGCGACUUUUGAGGAAUUUAAGCACAAGUCAUCAAAGACCGGCUCUGAUCACCUCCCAGGGACAAUCGCCACCACUGAAGUAAAAAAAAGACUUUUUUGGAGGCGACUUUUCAAACCACAGGAAAUCCUCUGUGAUAACAUCUGAAGGAACAUUUUGUGUUCUGGUGUCGCCUCAGCAGUGGACAGAAUGCUAAAAACUGUGGAUAGACUCUGGAAAUAGAGGAGGCCAAGCGGGAUCCUGUUCCACAAUGGCCACGGAGUCUUUCCACGCCGCCUACGCCGCUGCGGCCCCCUCCACCGGGCCUCCGCCGCCCUCAGCGGGAAUGCUCCGGAUGUUCAGAGAGUACCAGAGCAAUGCAGUCAUCAUAGAGCACUACAACUACACCGGGAAGCUGAAGGAGAACAAAUACAAGGACGGGAUGAAGCCCGAGGCUGUGGCCUUCCUGCUGGUCUGCCUGCUCAUCGUGCUGGAGAACGCCGUGGUGCUUGUGGCUAUCUGGAAGAACAAGAAGUUCCACAUGCCCAUGUACUACCUGCUGGGGAACCUGACUCUGUCCGACCUGCUGGCGGGAUUCACCUACAUGGUGAACCUCGUGACGUCCGGCGCCAACACGCUGAGCAUGACGCCCGUCCUGUAUUUCCUGAGGGAGGGCGGCGUGUUCAUCAUGCUGGCCGCGUCGGUCAUCAGCCUGCUGGCCAUCGCCAUCGAGCGCCACGUCACCAUGGUGAGGAUGAAGCCGUACCAGGGCGACAAGCAGGGCCGGAUGUUCGCCCUGAUCGGCGCCAGCUGGGUGCUGGCGGUGUUCCUGGGCGUGCUGCCCGUGCUGGGCUGGAACUGCAUGGGCCGCCUGGAGCGCUGCUCCACCGUGCUGCCGCUCUACGCCAAGAGCUACAUCCUCUUCUGCGUCAGCGUCUUCAGCGCCGUCCUCCUGGCCAUCGUGGUGCUGUACGUGCGCAUCUUCCGCAUCGUCAAGUCCAACACGCAGCGGCUGGCCUCGGCGCCGCAGAGGAAGGGCCUCUACCGCAAGUCGCUGAAGUACAUGGCGCUGCUGAAGACCGUCACCAUCGUCCUGGGCGUCUUCAUCGCCUGCUGGCUGCCCCUCUUCGUGCUCCUGCUGCUGGACUUCUGCUGCCCCGCCCAGACCUGCCAGGUGCUCUUCAAAGCCGACUACUUCCUGGGCAUCGCCAUGUUCAACUCGCUCCUCAACCCCAUCAUCUACACGCUAACCAGCAAGGACAUGAGGAAGGCCAUCAUCCGGCUGCUGUGCCGCCGCUGCCUGCUGGCCCCGGACGGCCGGCUGAAGAAGCUGGGCGUGCCCUUCCUGGACUGCAGCUCCAGCAGGAUGGACGCCGCCUCUCACAGGCUGGAGGGGGGGCUGGAGACCACGGUGUCCUCUGGGAACUUCACACCCUCCGCCAUCAAAGCCACGUAUCCACGGACUGCGAACACAUGACGCAGGAGCCGGAAUAUUCCAACAGACUAACGUCGGAAUGAGGAGCGGAGCCUCGCUGGUGCAGCGCCGCAGAACAAACACAAACUGUUCAGAGCGUAACGUCUGCGGAGUUUCAUGCGAUAAAGCGAGCAUACAGGCCCGGAGCCGCUCCUUCUGGGAGGAAAGACUUUUCACAUGAAGAGGAAUGAAAGUGAAAAAUAGGAUCAGCCCAGAACGCUCAGGGGCCCGGAGCCGGAGCCUAUCCUUAUCUCCACCGCCGGAGGCUCCUGUAAUCACACGCUGGGACCAGCGGGAGGCCCACACCCUCAGCCCGCCACAGCCUUCUAAUCUCCGCCGGGCGGGGUGUGGUCAGCAGCCGGGAUGUGGGGGCGUGGGGGCGGAGGCGGGUGGAGGUCAUGUAGCGCCUGGCUGAUGGCCUCAGCUGCUCUGGCUCAGCAGCAGCAGCUCCUCGUUGACACAAGCCUGGAUCUGAACAUGCUGUGGAUCCGUGGACCCUCUGAAGCUCUGCUGUUUUUCACUCCUCGCUUUAAGUUACGAUGCCAGUUUGAAACGUGCACUGAAUAAAGAUGUGAAGGAUUUUUACUGUCGGAUUCAAGUAUUUCUCAAGCUCAGGUUCUAAGAUGUUUUUACAUUCUGAUUGUCGCUAAUCUGGGUGAAUUAUCGAUUCAUUUCAUCAUAAAUGUCUCUUUUGAAGAAAUUUGAGAAUCUCCUCCACAUUUUUUACUAAUAUACUGAAAUAAAUAUUGUAACAUCUGUGACGCGUUUUCAAGUUUCAGGCCUUUUCUCUCCUGUUUCUUGCUGGACAGUAUUAGACGAUUGAUGAAAACCACAGAAAAGGGCUGUAAAUGGAUCCCAGCAACAGCUGUGGAUUCAGUGACAUGGUGGUCAUGCUGUGGAGGAAACGAAAAUAAAAGGAUUAGUAGACAAAUGUGAAGUGGAGGAGCGGCAGCGGCAGUGCCGCGGGGGAGCGGCAGUGGCAGUGCCGUGGGGGAGCGGCGGUAGUGGCAGUGCCGUGGGGGAGCGGCGGCGCCGCGGGGGAGCGGCGGUGCCGUGGAGACCUUUCAUUCUGGUGGAUUCCAGCGGCUGCUCUGUGACGUGUUCAAACCGGCAGUGAAACGGCGGAGGACAGGAGAUGCCAGCUCAUCAGGAGAGCUGAAUGUUGUGAAUGGCAUGAGAUUGAGAGAGUUUGGCCUGGGUAGAUCAACACACCAGGGAGGUCCAAUUUCCCCGCAAAUGUUUGCAUUGGCUAUCGAGCCAUUAGCCGAGGCUAUUAGAUGUCACAACUGUAUUUCUGGAUAUGGAAUGAAAGGAUCUGAAUAUAGAAUUGUUUUGUAUGCAGAUGAUGUUUUAUUGUUUAUUACUAGUCCUGAGGGGUCCAUUCCAGCUGUAAAGUUGGUUAUCCAAACAUUUUGUUCUCUAUCAGGUUAUAAGGUUAAUUUUGAGAAGACAGUCGCUAUGCCACUGGGGAAUUGUAGGAGGACUGAAAAAUUUCCAUUUACAUGGUCUGACUCUGGAUUUACAUAUGUAGGCAUUCAUAUUUCGCCAAAUGUUAGGAGCAUUUUGAAAAAGAAUAUUGAUGUGGUACAUAAAAAUGUUAGGGCUGAUCUCACCAGAUGGGUGGAUCUUCCAGUGUCCUGGAUGGGCAGAGUGAAUUUAAUCAAAAUGAAUGUGUUACCACAAAUUCUUUACCCUUUACAAAUGCUUCCAGUGCUGUUAACCAAAACAAAUGUGAGAGAUAAUUAAAGAGACCUUUCAAAAUUUAUUUGGAGAGGAAAAAACCAAGACUGAGUUGCAAAUCUCUUCAAUUACCCAAAAAUAAAGGUGGACUUGCUCUUCCCAGUAUUAUGCUUUAUAACUGGUCAUGUCAUAGUAGAAUUAUUCAUGAAUGGAUAGAUGUGUAUUUGAAAGAAAAAGAUGAUCCACUCUAAUCCUGGGCAUGGACUCCUUACUCUUUGAAGAGUCAACUUAUGAGGAGGAAAAAGGCAACGAAUCACAAUUCGCUUAUUGGCAACUCCAUAAAUGUUUGGCGAAACAUGAAUAAAUACACUUCAGAAACUCCAAAGCUGCAUUACCUGACACCGUUGAAGGAUAACCCUGAGUUUCUACCAGGUGUUAAUAGUGCUGUAUUUCACAGAUGUACAAUAUGAAAGUAAGAGUAACUGGUGAUCUGUUUGAUGGUCAUAUUCUUAUGUCUUUAGCCCAAGUUCAGAACAAGUAUGAAAUUCCCCAAAAGGACUUGUUUUGCUUAUUUACAGGUCAGACAUUUUUUUCAGGCGAAUAUCAAAGUCUCUGAGGAUGUAACGUUACCAACAAAUAUAGAGAAGUCCGUAAUGAAUCUUAAUGUGAAGAAUUCUAUUAUCAAGCAAUCGUGUGCUAAUUUACAGGACUGUGAUGGACAUAAUGUCAGGGCACUAAUACAAGAUUGACUCUAGGAGGUCGCCUUUAUGUCUCAAAUGUAAAAAUAUGAAUGGUACUUACCUGCACUGUCAGUGGAGCUGUCCAAACGUGUCUAAAUACUGGCUGUGUAUAACUAAGGAAAUUAGUUCAAUACUGAAGAUGAAGAUUUGUAAAGAUCCGGGUCAGUACCUAUUGGGUCUGCCAUCUCCGAACAAAUUUAAGGAAAAGAGCAAAUUCAAAUUAUUUUGUAAGCUUUUAUUUUUGGCUCGAAAAUAUAUUUUGUUCAAUUGGAUUAAAGAAAAGGCUCCAACAGUAAGUCAAUGGUAUAAAGACAUUUUUAAGGUAUUACCAAUGGAAGUGUUCAGCGCAAAAUUAAUAGGUAAUGCCAAACUCUUUUUAGAUUUAUGGAAUCCCUUGUUAGAAUACUGACCCGCUGAUCUUGCUGUCAUUCUCCAAAGGAGUGCCAGCUCUCUAGAAUGGAAAGCCCAAAGCAUGUGUUUGAAUGUCAGCUGAGUUAAUGGUAAAUGCUUACUAGUGGAUGUGCCUGUGUCCUGUACGUUUAUAUGUACAUAUGUAUAUUUUAUUGUUUACAACUCAGA